AUGGAUGUGGGAGUAGGAUACUUUAAUGGGGUCAAGGUAUGCGUUUUGGUGAACGGAAAUUUCGAGGAAAAGGAUGCACUCGCAGCUGCGGGAGUUGUCAGAAGAGUAUUCAAACCACUAUCCAUUCGACCUGAAGAUGGGUUCCGCCGGUCGAUGAUCCUGACCGACGGCAACUUCAUUCAUAAUCGUCCAUUGAUCGAUCUUCAAGAGACGAACAAUGCGGUCAGUUAUUACAUCCAAGUCCGAGGGGACGGGCGGCAUACUUAUCCGCGACUUCGACUGCUUGACCAUAUCCUCAGCGAGCCGACCUUCAACGUACUCCGAACAAAGGAGCAACUCGGAUACAGCGUAUCCUGUUCAUCGUGGAAGCAAGUGUCUGUAUGCGGCCUGAUUAUUUCCGUUCAGAGCGAGAAGCCGGCAGCGUUCGUCGAAGGCCGCAUAGAUGCCUUUCUCACGGAGUAUUGCGAUGUGUUGAAAACUAUGGAACAAGGAGACUACGAGAAGCGAAGAAAUGGAUUGGUCCACGCGUUUCGCGAAAAGCUACAGAAUCUUGAAGAAUCCGACUUAUUCGCAGGCUUUAUUACCAAUGGUACAUAUGACUUUACAUUCUGGGACAAACUCGCACAACUUGUUGAGAAGCUGACGCUUGCCGACAUUCCAAAUUUUCUAUUCACAUGCAUUCCCGGGGCUAACACUUCGAGUGCUAAUUCGUUCGCCGAAGGACCGACAGCGGAAUCGCAGACACAGGAAACGGUGAGCGCAGUUGAUAAGAAGGGCGGCAAAGCGAGUCUGUUGAAGAAGGAAACUGUUAUCAUUGACGAUAUUGUGGCUUUCAAGUCAGGCUUGCAACCAUCAGAACUCCCAAAGGCUGCGAUAGAGCUAAGACCCAAAUUCAGCUCGUAG